AUGCUUCCCACACUCCUUUCCGUCUUCCGCCGCGACUGCAAUGGCGAUGAGACCAUGUCCAGCUGCACAAAGCCCACCAGCUCCGCAGUAACCAUCGGCAUUCCCGCCGCGAUAACAGGAGUUCUACUCCUAGUUGCCAUCAUUGUCCUGAUUGUCCUAUACCAUAAGCGCAUGCGCCGUGAUAACCGGGAAGACCUGGAAGAGCGUCAACGUGACUCAGGCUUUUAUGCUCGCUACGCCACACAGCGCUUCGGGGCUGAGGGGGCACCACCAUCGAACGGACGUGCCUAUGCUUCCGAGUCACGACGUAGCUCUGGAGAAUCGAUCUAUGACUUUAAGCAGGAUCAUGGCCCCUAUCACCUUGCUCAAUUCCCUAGUCACGAGCCACAGGUGCAAAAGCCUGUGGCUGCUAGGGUGGUUGUGUAG